AUGCUUGUGCGGCUGUUGCGUGUGAUUUUAUUGGCCAGCAUGGUUUUCUGUGCUGAUAUUUUACAAUUAAGCUAUUCAGAUGAUGCGAAAGACGCUAUACCCCUAGGAACAUUUGAGAUUGAUAGUACAUCCGAUGGGAAUGUUACAGUAACAACCGUUAAUAUACAGGAUGUUGAAGUUUCUGGAGAAUACUGUUUGAAUGCCCAGAUUGAAGGUAAGCUGGAUAUGCCAUGUUUUAGCUACAUGAAGCUGAGGACACCACUAAAAUACGAUUUAAUUGUGGAUGUAGAUGAAGAUAAUGAGGUCAAACAAGUGUCGUUAUCAUAUGACGAGACUAACGAUGCUAUUACUGCUACAGUCAGAUAUCCAGAAGCGGGACCUACUGCACCAGUCACCAAAUUAAAGAAGAAAACCAAAACUUAUGCUGAUAAAAAAGCUAGUAAGAAUAAGGAUGGAAGCACUGCACAAUUCGAAGAAGAUGAAGAGGUUAAGGAGGUGUCUUGGUUUCAAAAGAACUGGAAAAUGUUACUUUUAGGCCUAUUGAUUUACAAUUUUGUUGCGGGCUCAGCAAAGAAGCAACAACAAGGAGGUGCCGGAGCUGAUCAAAAGACUGAGUAA